GAGUGAGAGGCAGAGAGAUAAAGAGGGGGGAAAGGUAAUAGAAAGAGAGAACGUUUAUAAACUGGGAUAUUUGUUUAUAUAUAUUUUCUAUGUGUGAAGUUGUGUUUGGAGUUGAUAGAGGCUAAUAUUAAUGGUGUAUAUCUAAAAUAACAACAACAAUAACAACACUGGCAUUGGUUGGACAAUUACAACAUCAACAUCGACUUCUAUAGUCGCAAGAACAACAAUAACAAUUGUAUUAACGACGAGGAUUUCAAACGUUUGAAAAAGAAAACAAAUGAACUUGUUUGUAACAAGAGCUGAUCGAGGUUAGAUCUAGUGGUUCAGGGUUCACUUGGGGCAGCAGUAGCAACAACAACAUCGACAAUAAUAUCCAUCAUAUAACAACAGUAAUACAGAAUCCGCUGGUUCGACAUUCAUUUUGGAAGCAAAAUAACAACGCGAAACUCUUUUUUUAAAGAGCCAUCGUCUCUAACAACAACAACAUCAUCAACAAUGAGGUCACGACAAGCCAUUUCGUCACUGGCUUUGCUCCAGCUGGUAGCUCUGACCACCGUGGCCGCCACCUGGACAGCGGUCAAUUCUCAGGUUGCGUACGACUAUGCCUAUGUGACAUUCGAAGGAGGCGAUUACAAAAUCCAUGAAGGCCAGCCCAAUCCCAAUGACAAAUGGGUUGCUAAGGGGCGGUUCAACAACAAAAUCAAUGAAACAGGGUGGUCCUACCUGUGGGUUGAAACCAACCCCAAAGGAAACAACGACUCGACGCAGGCCUACGCUGCCGGCCUCGUCGAAGGUAACCUCACCUCUCCCCUGAUUCGUUUGAGCGGCAAGAAUUCCUGGGAAGGACAAUGUCAGAAUUUAUCCUCCACUUAUUGCUCCAAGAUGACCAAAUUCUUGAUAAGGAAUCUAAUUUGGAUGAAAGAGAUGAUCCAGGAGAAAGCCAAGACGAAUCCAUUUUGGCACAUG